CUGCCGGCCGGCAGACCACGAGACAGCACCACUAACUCUUCCAUCAGAGCUUUCAUUGCUGGCGGCAUUGCCGCCUGCGGCGCCGUCACGGCCACGCAUCCCUUCGAGACGGUCAAGAUUCGCAUGCAACUACAAGGAGAGUUGAAGGAUAAGGGACACCAGCCGCACCAGUAUCGAGGCCCUCUUCAGGGCGUUUCCGUCAUUGUCAGGAAUGAGGGCGUUCGGGGCAUCUACCGCGGUAUUGGCUGUGCGUACAUUUACCAGGUCCUCCUCAAUGGUUGUCGUCUAGGUUUCUACGAGCCGAUGCGCAACACCCUCGCUUCCUUCAUAUACAACGACGGAAGCAAGCAGAGCUUGGGGAUCAACAUGUUCUGCGGUGCAGGAUCAGGCAUCAUGGGCGCCGCCGCUGGCAGCCCCUUCUUCCUCGUCAAGACCCGUUUGCAGAGCUUCUCCCCCUUCCUGCCCGUGGGCACGCAACACAAAUAUCGCAACGCUUGGAACGGUCUGAGCUCGAUCUACACGACGGAGGGGGUCCGCGGUCUCUACCGCGGUGUCGGUGCUGCCAUGAUCAGAACUGGUUUCGGAAGUUCCGUGCAGCUGCCCACUUACUUCUUCGCGAAAAGGAGGUUGGUUCGCCACUUGGGUAUGGAAGAGGGUCUACCUCUGCACCUUGCUAGCAGCACUGUCAGCGGUUUCGUCGUCUGCUGCGUGAUGCACCCUCCUGACACCAUUAUGUCUCGUUUGUACAACCAGAAUGGCAACCUGUACAAGGGCGUUUUCGACUGCCUGUCUAAGACUGUCCGCACUGAGGGACUUUUCGCCAUUUACAAGGGAUUCCUUCCCCAUUUGGCGAGAAUCCUCCCCCAUACCAUCUUGACCCUGACUCUCGCUGAGCAGACGAACAAGCUGAUGAAAAAGCUCGAAGAUCGUAUUCUGCCUACAUCUGCCCUGCAAAAUCCGUGA